ACGUGCAAAGUGUUGGAGAUGGUGACGGAAGGAUUAGGGAUAGAGCCAAGGGACACACUGAGUAAGAUGGUGAGAGAUGAGAAGAGCGACUCUUGCUUGAGAAUGAACCAUUAUCCUACGGCGGAGGAAGAGGUGGAGAAGAUGGUGAAAGUAGGGUUUGGGGAACACACAGACCCACAAAUCAUCUCAGUGCUACGGUCCAAUAACACUGCGGGUCUUCAAAUCUGUAUGAAAGAUGGAAGUUGGGUCGCUGUCCCUCCUGAUCACUCUUCUUUCUUCAUCAAUGUUGGCGAUGCUCUUCAGAGGAUCAAACAUUGUAAAGUGUGAUAAACAAAAGAGAGAGAGAGAGAAGAAAAAGAAUCAAACAAAGGGGAAGAGCAAAAAAGAAAUGGCGUAUAGGAGAAGACAAGGGAUCACAAGAGCUUCAACAUUCAACGACGAUAUCUACAAUCAAACACCUGAUCACGACCACGGCGAUCUCAAAGGUCACUCCAACGGCGGAUCCUCCUUCAGAUCUUCUCAAUCUUUCUCCUCUCAUUCCUCCCUUGCCGCUCAAGCAAUCCGCGCCUCCUCCAAUUCCCACGACGAUGCAACGACGAGGAACGAGAGCCGCGGCUUCUGGGGUAUCCUCGCUCAGAAAGCCAAAUCAAUCCUCGAGGAGGACGAAGAAGAAGAGCAGCAACAACACCAACAACAACAACGAAACGUCGUCGUUUCAGAGCCCUCGAAUAAUAAUAAUAACAAUAACCCUACGAUACGCAAAAGCAUAGAGAAGAUCACUACGACGAUGAAUCAUAUAGGAGACAGUUUCGAGAAGGGCCGUACCAUCGUAGAGUCUCAGAUCAGGAAGAAAGGAUCAGAUCUAAUGGAGAACGGUCCAUGGCAACCGUUAACGCAACCGAGCCCACACGAGUCUCAGCUCAAAGCUUCACGUGACGUGGCCAUGGCUACAGCAGCCAAAGCCAAGCUCCUCCUACGCGAAUUAAAAACGGUUAAAGCUGACCUAGCGUUCGCUAAACAAAGAUGUUCCCAGCUCGAGGAAGAAAACAAACGGUUAAGAGAUAACCGGGAAAAGGGUAACACCAAUCCAGCGGAUGAUGACCUAAUCAGGCUUCAGCUCGAGACGUUACUUGCGGAGAAAGCAAGACUAGCGCACGAGAACUCUAUCUACGCGAGAGAGAACAGGUUCUUGAGAGAGAUCGUUGAGUAUCAUCAGUUAACGAUGCAGGACGUUGUUUAUAUCGACGAAGGUAUCGAAGAAGUCGCUGAGGUGAAUCCUUCCAUCACUCGAACGCUCUCAAUGGCUUCGUUUUCGGGUGCUUCUGAGUUGCCUGUCUCUCCUUCUCCUUCGUCUCCGGGUUCGCCUUCUCGGCUUUCGGUUUCUACCGAUGUUUAUCCGGUUUUGGUUCAGCAGAGUUCGGCUAGUGAUGUUGUUGAGAGUCCUAAACCGGUUCGACCACCUUCUUUGGGAUAUGCGGAUGAUGGUAAGAGACCAUCGUCUCAGCUCUCUGUUUAGAUUCGAUGAGUUGAUUAUUCUUUAUUACCAUUUUGAUUUGUGUCUUGUGUUCGAAAUUCUUUUGUUUUUAUUAGCAGAAUUGUGUUCUUUUUAUUACCUUGGUUUCAUUUUGGUUCUGUUGUGUAAUAGUUUCUACUUGUUCUAAACAUUUUUGCCCAUGUAAAUCUUUCAUUUUGAUUAUUAUUUGUGUCUUGUUUUGAAAUGUUGUGUUGUUGUUCUUAUGAGUUUUGUGGUCUUUUUAAUAACUUGGUUUCAGCUUUGGUUCUAUUGUAAUGGUUUCUUCUUGACUGAUGAAUAGUUUUACCCUCUACGUUCGUGUAAAUCUUCAAGGGGAAUUUAUUGAUUUGAUUUUUUUUCAUUUUGGAAAUAUAGAAUUAAACAAAUGAUGAGGCAAGUGUAUAUGUUCGACAUUCACGGCGUAACAGAGUCUUUAGUACUAACAUGCAACCACGUCUGUGCAUAUUUUUAGAUCUGGAAAACAUAAUAGGUGUCAGAUUGGUCUAUUGUGAGUAUAUACAAUCAUACAACUCUAACGAAUGUCAAGUGAUUAGAAACUUAAAAAUUAUAUAUCAUUUAUUUUUAUUGAAUUGUUUUUUGGCAGCCUAUUUUUUAUUGAUAGGGUCAAUUAGCCAACUGAUCAUGUUAACAUUGUGUUUAAGCUGAUAGCUAUUAAACAACAUAAUAACAAAUUAAGCGAUUGUGUUUUCUUUGAACAAAUAAGUCUUUCUCAGAUGCACAACUCUAUGUAAUAUUUUACCAAAAAAAAAAGAAAAAAACUCUAUGUAAUAUAGAAAUGUACCAGCAAAUAGAUGAAAAACAUAUGCUAUCACGUCUCUCUUCUUAUUCAGAAAUCAGAAGAUAAAUCACAAAAUAGUAUAUAGAUAUUGUAUAUAAAGGGGUAUAUUCAUAUUCACAUCAUAUACUGAAUAUAUCAUAAAAUAGUAUGUAUUAUUUAAAAGGAGAG